GCCCCUCGCUCAUUUAGCUGCGGUCCGAGCGCGCGGCCCGGGCACGCUCCGGCAACUUUUCUCACUCCAGCUUUCAGCAAAGUAAGCUCAAACAAGUCCAUUCCUCCCGUGGAUGACAGGAGGGGGGGGGACGCGGAGAGGGGACGCGCGGAGCACUUUAACCCCUGUGUGGAUUUCAUCCCGAGCGGCUUUUUUCUCCCCAUCAUUUGAUUUCACUCCUCACCUCCGUGCUCGUGGAGGCUGAGCUGAGCGGGCCAGCCUGAAUGUUUCUGCGCGUCUGACUGUCCUACAAAGACGUGGUGAAUGUACAGCAUCAUGAUGGAGACGGACCUGCAUUCCCCCGCGGUGCCCCAGAGCAACCCAUCCAACCCGGGGGGCCCCGCGGGGAAGGUCCCGCAGGAGCGCAUCAAGAGACCCAUGAACGCCUUCAUGGUGUGGUCCCGGGGCCAGCGCAGGAAGAUGGCCCAGGAGAACCCCAAGAUGCACAACUCUGAGAUCAGCAAGAGACUGGGCGCGGAGUGGAAGGUGAUGACGGAGGCGGAGAAGAGGCCGUUCAUCGACGAGGCGAAGCGGCUGCGGGCCAUGCACAUGAAGGAGCACCCGGACUACAAGUACCGGCCCCGCAGGAAGACCAAGACGCUGCUGAAGAAGGACAAGUACUCUCUGGCCGGCGGGCUGCUGGGCUCCCCCGCCGGGGUGAUGGGCGGCCAGCGGCUGGAGAGCCCGGUGGGGGGCCACGGGGCCGGGGCCGGCUACGCCACGCACGUCAACGGCUGGGCCAACGGCACGUACUCUGGACAGGUGGCGGCCGCAGCCGCCGCCGCGCACGCCAUGAUGCAGGAGGCGCAGCUGGCGUACACGCAACACCCGGGCGGCGCGCACCCGCACCACGGCCACCACCACCCGCACCACCACCCGCACAACCCGCAGCCCGUGCACAGGUACGACAUGGGCGCGCUGUCCUACAGCCCCAUCUCGAACUCUCAGAGCUACAUGAGCGCGUCCCCGCCGGGCUACGGCGGCAUCACCGGCUACACGCACCCGCACCAGGGCUCCGGCGCAUCCCCGGUGUCCGGGGCCCUGGGGGGGUCCCUGGGGGGCACCCUGGGGUCCCUGGUCAAGUCGGAGCCCAGCGUCAGCCCCCCGGUGUCCUCGGCGCGGGCGCUGCCGCCGUGCGCCCCGGGAGACCUGCGGGACAUGAUCAGCAUGUACCUGCCGGCCGGGGAGGCGGCGGGGGACGCGCAGGGCCGGCUGCACGUCCUGCACCCGCAGCACUACCAGGCCGGCUCCGCGCCGGCCGGGACGGUGCCGCUCACGCACAUCUGAACUGUACUGUAAGCACUACCACAACCAAAUAUUUAAACUCUGUGGGCCCGGCUGCUGAACAACUGUAAGUUAUUGGCGCUUAUAGCCAUAAAAAAUGCAAUCACUCUGAACAACUUUCUUUUUUUUUUCUUCUUUUUUUUUAAUUAUUGGUAUCGUUUUAUUUCCUUUCAUGGUUUUUUGUGUCUGUCUGAGCUGAAGGAAAGCGCAUCAGUUUUACUUUCGCUCUCUGCAACAGAGCAUGCCAAGUUUUGACACGAUUUAAAUUAUAAUCCGUGAGGGCUGGUGUAUUUUAAAGGUUAUUCUUUUUUUCUGAGUUUUCUGAGGAAUUAUUGGCACCAGCGGUGUGUUUGACGGAUAUGAAACGGAGGGCGGUGUGGAACAUGUCUUUAAAAAAAAGUUUCUAGGCUGCAGUUUAAAUUGAUUUCGAGUUUUCAUGCUUGUAAACAUGUGAGUCAGUCGGUGUAAUUUCAAUAUGUUUUUGUUGUUGUAAAAUCUUUUAAAUUGUGAAUAAAUAGGUCUAUUGAAAAUGCUUUUAUGAAAUUGUACAUUUCAAUUCACGAAUGCAAAGUCACGUUGAACACACAAUUUAGGUUUGAAUUUUUGAAAUUAAGAUUUUUUUUAAAGUGUCUUGGGGGGGGCGGGCGUUAAAAUCUGAAUAGAGGGAUGCAAAUUGCACGUCUAAUCGCACUUAAUGCAUUUGCUCCUUUUUUAAAUAUUCUUUAUGCUGACAGCCUCAUAUCACCACCAGGGAAAUCGAGUUGCCUUCAAUCAAAUGUUGAGAAAAUAUCCUCGACCAAUUAAAACGUGUGUAUACGGUAUAUAUAAUUCACAAACAUGACAAUACGUCAGGUUUUUUGUUUUAUUUUUAUUUCUUUAACAACCUCAAACCAAAUUGUUUAAUUGAAAUUUAUGAUCUUGAAGAACAGAAUAGUUAUGACUGAAUUUCUUUUCUCUGAAAUAUUUUUUAACACUGAGUUUUCUGGAUGUGUACUGUAAUUUCAAUAUUCUCACAGAAUAUGUCAGGCUGCCAACAUGAAAUCCCUUUUUUUCCUCUCCUUGGCAAAUAUUUCAGUCAACACUUCAUGGAUUAACAGUCGUCUCUGAUGAAGAGGAAUACACAAUAUAUCAGAAUAAUUCUGGUUCUUUUCUCAUUUAAAAAAAAAAAAAAAGGCCUUUCCCAAGAAUUCAUGUGUC